AUGUUUCAGCGUCUCACCAGCCUCUUCUUCAGUGACAGCAACACGCCGGAAGGCCUGGAGGAGCCUAAACCUUUUGUCGAGGAGGAGGAGGAGGAGGAUGGCUGGCUCAUAAUUGAUCUUGCAGAGGGGCCCGGCCCCGGCGGCGUGGGGAGCAGCCCCAUGGAGGACCUGCUCAUCGAGCACCCCAGCAUGUCCGUCUACGUCACCAGCACCCUCGAGGUGGAUGGGGAGGGCCCUGAGGAUGAUGCUGCUGG